AUGUUCUCCAAUGAGAAGAUAAAGAUAAUGCCUCUUGGGGCAGGAAAUGAAGUUGGAAGGUCGUGUGUUAUUGUUGAAUGCGGGGGUAGGACUAUAAUGCUGGACUGCGGGGUACAUCCUGCAUAUACCGGGGUGGCAUCUCUUCCCUUUUUGGAUCUUGUGGACCUCUCGAAGAUCGAUGCUAUAUUUAUCACACACUUCCAUCUCGACCAUGCUGCUGCUCUACCAUUUCUAACAGAAAAAACAAGCUUCAAAGGAAAGGUCUAUAUGACACAUCCUACAAAGGCCAUUCUUAAAUGGCUUCUGAACGAUUACAUCAGGCUUAUAAAUGCAGCAUCGGAUGCAGACUUCUACACGGAAACCGAUCUGGUCAAGUGUUACGAUAGAAUCAUACCGAUUGAUUACCAUCAAGAGGUUAAUGUGAAAGGGAUUAAAGUCAAGGCGCUGAAUGCAGGGCAUGUACUGGGGGCAGCAAUGUUUCUGAUUGAAAUAGAGAAAAGCAAGGUUCUUUACACAGGAGACUUCAGCAGAGAAGAGGACAGGCACCUCAAAGCGGCCGAGUCACCUGGAUGCAAAAUAGACGCACUGAUAACAGAAUCCACAUACGGAGUGCAAUGCCACCUUCCAAGGGCUGAAAGAGAAGGAAGGUUUACAAGUAUUGUCCAGAAUGUUGUUCAGAGGGGUGGAAGGUGCCUGCUUCCUGUGUUUGCCCUUGGAAGAGCACAGGAGCUGCUUCUUAUUCUUGAAGAGCAUUGGGGCUCGAAUGCUUCGUUGCAGAAGAUUCCCAUCUACUAUGCAUCUGCACUGGCAAAGAGGUGUAUGGGGGUAUACCAGACAUACAUAGGGAUGAUGAACGAGAGAAUCCAGAAGCUGAGCCUUGUCAGGAAUCCUUUUGCGUUUAAGUAUGUCAAGAAUCUUAAGGGCAUAGACUCGUUUGACGACGAGGGGCCAUGUGUGAUAAUGGCUAGUCCUGGGAUGCUUCAAAGUGGGCUUUCAAGGGAUCUUUUUGAGCGGUGGUGCUCUGACAGCAGGAAUGCGGUGAUAAUACCUGGCUAUUGUGUGGAUGGAACACUUGCAAAGGAAAUACUCAGCGAGCCGAAGGAGAUAGAGGCGCUGAAUGGAAAGAAGCUUCGGCUCAAUAUGUCUGUAGAAUAUAUCUCGUUCAGUGCACAUGUGGACUUCACGCAGAACAGCCAGUUUAUUGAGGAGUGCCAGCCGAAGCAUCUCUUUUUUGUGCAUGGAGAGAUGAAUGAGAUGCAAAGGCUUAGGAAUGUUAUUCAGCAAAGAAAUGAGAAGAAGGGGGUUGAGAUGGUGCUUUAUACCCUCCGGAAUGGGGAGGAGGCGGAGUUUGAUCUUGUCAAGGACAAUGAGGCGAAGAUAUUUACCAAUGUUGAAGGAGAGUUUGAGGGGAUUAUCAUAGGGACGGAGGACGACAUAAGGAUUUACAAGAGAGAUGAGCUGGUUGAGGCCAAAUACAAGGAGAUGUGCAUAUAUGAAAGGCAAAGGAUACCGUACAAUUCCACGGCGAUGCUGCUGAAGCAAGUUCUUAUGGAUGGGUUUUCUGAACUUGUCGAGGUUGAUUCUGGGUUUAUGAUAGGUAAUGUCCAUGUUAGGCUGGAUGGACAAGAGGUUGUGCUUGAAUGGAAGAGCAACUAUGCAGACGAUGUCCUGGCGAUAUCGAUAAGCAGGAUGAUAUCUGGGAUUGGGUUGAAGACAAAGAGUGUUAAGCUGAGCAAGAUGGGAAAGGAUGAGCUUUUGAUUAGUGUUCUAAAGAAUUACUUUGUGAUUGAGAAGGAUGAGGGUGUUAUAAGAGUUAAGAACGGGUGCAGAGAGGCAUGUAUUAGUGCUGAAGGAGCGACAGGCGACUCUUCUAUAGUCGACAGAAUAAAUGAAUGCAUGCGAAAGAUAGAGGUGAUAUAUUCGGAAGUCUAA